UUCAGAAUUACGAAACUGCCGUUUUUAUCGUGAAAAUGUUCACAAACCAUCCAACUUUUAGUCGUGUUUAUGCAUCACUUCCAUGGGAAGAACCGGAUGUUAUGGGAAACUCGUCCUUGGAGUAUCAAUUGCCUUAUAAGACUCGAACGAUGGUUGAACUUAACGAUAUAACGACGUAUGCCUUCUACUGCAUCUAUCAAUGGUUAAUCGUGGUAACCAUGGUCUCCGGUUACGUUGGAUCGGACUGUUUAUUCGCCAGUUUGGCAUUACACGUCACAGGACAAUUGGCGAUACUCAGAUGCAAAGUUAAGGAAGCGUUCGAAGACUCUAAUGGCUAUAAGCGAGGUAUGAAGAAAUUGGUAAUCAAGCAUCAUCGACUGAUUGGAUUGGUCGAAACAUUGGAGGAUGGGUUUAACAUAAUGAUUUUUCAACAAUUAUUAGGUACAACGUUGAAUCUCUGCGUAUCGGGUUAUCACGCGCUCGUGAGUUCAGCGAACGGAGAAAAUAUCGUAUUAGUCACUUUCUUUGUCUACGCAUUUAGUGUAUUGAGCACGUUGUUCGUUUAUUGCUACAUCGGUGAAUGUCUCAUCGAGGAAAGCAUUGGACUCGGUGAUACGUUGUAUCAGUCCGAUUGGUACGAUUUGUCGACGGUCGACUUAAAGAUGAUGUACAUUUGUAUGCAACGAACAAGAAAACCGCUGCAAUUAACGUCUGCAAAAUUUUGUGCGCUAUCCUUGGAUACGUUUAGCGACAUAUUGAAGACCUCGGUGGGAUACCUGUCCGUUUUACGAGCUUUUCUAUAGAUCGACUCGCCAAAAACAUUUAAACGCCGAUUAAAUCGUGCCAUAGAAAUGAUCUAUUUUUCAUUAAACGUAAUAAUCGAUAUGUCCGUAAAAAGAAAACUAAUAAAUAACGUCAACGUAGAAUGACAAAUUGAUGAUUUCAUGUUAUACGUAUUUGUCGAUGAGCGUUAAUUUGUUAAAGAUUACAGUCCGAUUAAAGAGAAAUUUCGCUCCUCUUCGAUCUUUUUUAUAAA